UACAGUAGAGCGGCCCGCGCGCAGCCGCAUUCUCGCGAACCGGUCCGAUUUUCGAACGUCAGACGCUCACUGGCGGGAAAGUGUCUUUGAAACUAUUAUUUUUCUUUUUAAUUCAAAAUGAGUUUGGAACAAAGGAACAAGAAGGUGGCUGACACCUUUGAGAAGUUCAAUAUAUCACAAUGGGGGAACGGCACCACUAGAACGUGCGCCCAAGUAGCAACGAAUGUGGUGGAGCAGAAACACCAAGUAUCCAGAGCGAAGAGGAGUCGUGCGUUGGGCAGUCGCGCGUUCAGAGGCAGCACAGUGUGGUUCACAGGGCUCAGCGGCGCCGGGAAGACCAGCAUUGCCUUCGCUUUGGAAGCUUACCUUGUUUCCAGAGGUAUCCCGGCGUAUGGCCUAGACGGAGACAACAUCAGGACCGGGCUAAACAAGAACCUCGGCUUCACGAAGGAGGAUCGAGAGGAGAACAUCAGGAGGGUUGCUGAGGUGGGCAAACUCUUCGCUGACAGCGGCGUCGUCUGCCUCUGCAGCUUUGUGUCGCCUUUCGCUGAGGACCGGGAAGUAGCUCGUCGUAUCCACACAGAUUCUGACCUGCCAUUCUUCGAGGUCUUCAUCGACACUCCUCUCGAAGUGUGCGAGCAGAGAGACACUAAAGGCCUCUACAAGAAGGCCAGAGAAGGACAGAUAAAGGGCUUCACAGGCAUCACCCAGGAAUAUGAACGUCCAGAGGCGCCAGAGUUGGUCAUCCAGACGGUCGGACGCACUGUCGAGGAAUCCACUAUGGAAGUGGUGCGUCUGCUCGAAUCACAGGACAUAAUUCCUCGCUUCGAGAACACCCUCCUGGGCGUGGAAGAGUUGUUCAUAUACGGCAACAGACUCACCAGCGCCAUCGAAGAGGCUACCAGGUUGCCGCAAGUGCAGCUCACCACCCUCGACUUGCAGUGGGUUCAGGUGCUAUCAGAAGGUUGGGGCUAUCCACUCAAAGGAUUCAUGCGGGAACAUGAAUAUUUACAAGCUCUACACUCCAACUGCCUGACUCUCCCAGACGGUUCAAUCAUCAACCAGUCAGUUCCUGUCGUCCUCCCAGUGUCCACUGAAGUGAAGGAACGCGCCGCGGGGGCCACGGCGUUGGCUCUCAUGUAUAAUGGAAGGGCAGUAGCAGUGUUGAGGGCUCCAGAGUUCUACCCCCAUAGGCAAGAGGAGAGAUGCUGCCGACAGUUCGGCAUUUAUAAUGCAGGACAUCCUUAUAUCAAGAUGAUCAAAGAAUCCGGCGACUGGUUGGUGGGCGGUAACCUGGAGGUGUUUGAGCGUGUCCGCUGGAACGACGGGCUCGACUCAUACAGGCUUACCCCCAACGAGCUGCGGCAGAAGUUCAAGGAUCUUAAAGCUGAUGCUGUGUUCGCUUUCCAGCUUCGUAAUCCAAUCCACAAUGGGCACGCACUACUCAUGCAAGACACUCAACGCCAACUAAUAGAAAGGGGAUACAAAAAGCCAGUUCUGCUUCUUCAUCCGCUUGGUGGAUGGACAAAAGACGACGACGUACCUCUAGACGUGAGAAUGAACCAGCAUAAAGCGGUAUUGAACGAGGGAGUGUUGGACCCAGACGCUACCGUGCUCGCCAUCUUCCCUUCACCUAUGAUGUAUGCUGGACCUACUGAGGUACAAUGGCACGCCAAAUGUCGCAUGAACGCAGGCGCCAACCACUACAUAGUGGGCCGCGACCCGGCCGGCCUGCCGCACCCCAACGGCAGCGGCGACCUCUACGACCCGCGACACGGCGCUAUGGUGCUCAAGAUGGCGCCCGGGUUGAACGACCUAGAGAUAAUUCCUUUCCGUGUGGCGGCGUACGACACUUCGAUCGGCAAAAUGGCAUUCUUCGACCCCACACGCAAAGAGGACUUCGAUUUCAUUUCCGGGACCAGGAUGCGAGGACUCGCAAAGGCAGGAAAGGAGCCACCAAAGGGAUUCAUGGCGCCUUCUGCGUGGAAGGUCUUAGCAGAGUAUUACCAGUCGUUGAAAGCCAAAAUGGAAACCAACUGAAGUCAGAAACCGAAUAAGUUCUGCGAUCGUACAAUGUAAUUGCGAUAAUUUGGCCUCGCUUCUAACUUAUACAAGGAUCUAAUCUAUAUCUUGUUAUUUAAAACAUUUCUGGCUCCUUUGUAAAUAAAUAAAAAGAAUAAAAAAAUAUGACGAAUACAUAUGGGGUAUAAAAGCUUACUACAUAAUGUAUUGGUCAACAGAAAUACACAUUUCGUAAUAUAAAAAAAUAAACAAAACAGUUUGUUUUUUCAUGUAAAACUCGCAAUAUAUUAAUAGUCACAAAUCUGGUAUGACCAUUUUUUUAUUAUUU